AUGGCGCCGCUCUCCAAUGAUAUGAUUCUUGACAUCUUUCGGUGUUUAAGUGUAAAAGAUCUUUCACGCUUUAAAUGCGUUUCAAAGUUCUGGUGUUCUUGGAUCGAGGAUCAAAAUUUCAUCAAACUUCACCUCUCCUAUUCCCUCAAAACCAAUACCAAUCGCUCCCUUAUUCUCCGUCACCGUAGGUACGAGAUCUUCUCCGUCAACUACGACUCACCCAAAACAACUCGAAGACUCGAGCAGCUUGAACAAAACAAAAACAUUCAAAUAUUGGGUUCUUGCAAUGGUUUGCUGGCUGUAGAAGAACAGAACGGUAGAAUUUUACUAUGGAACCCUUCAACGAGAAAAUGCCAGGUAUUACCUUCGGCUAAAAUAGUGUUUUCACCUCCACCGGCAUUCUAUUCCUGUUCAACUUAUUCCGGAUUUGGGUACGAUCCCGUUUCUGAUGACUACAAAUUGGUUCUAAUUGUCCAAUUACUUGGAACAUAUGAAGAAUAUCUUCAUUCUGAAGCUAAGGUUUACAGCUUGAGGAGCAAUUCUUGGAGAACGAUUAAAGGUUUCUGCUUUUAUUUUAUUUCCGAACGACAAUUAGGGGUUGUGGCUAACAAUGUUUUACAUUUGUUGGCUUUUAAAAUUCCCGAAUCGAGUAAGAGAAGCUCUGUUGAUUUAGAUGUGUUCGCUUAUAAAAAUCCCGAAACGAGUUAUAAACACCUUGUUGGUUUUGAUCUUUGGAGCGAGGAACUCAGUUUAGUUGAAUUGCCGGAUUUUUGUUUAGAUGGGGAAGCCAAUGUCGACGUAAAAGCCCUGGGAGGUUACCUCUGUUUGACUGCAACUCAUAGGGACAUGUUUGUUUCGGGUGAUCUAUGGAUAAUGAAGGAAUAUGGGGUUAAAGAAUCUUGGGUUAAAUUGAUAUCGACUACCCAACUUGACUUUCUUCCAGGUUCUCCAUUUGUAGUACCUUUGGCUUUUUCAAAGAAUGGUAACAAAGUAUUAUUCCACAAGAAAAGCUGUAAGGGCGACAUGGACAGGGACAGUCUUGUGUGGUAUGAUCUGGGAAGCGAAAGGGUUGAGAAGGUUGGGAUUGAAGGUCUUCCACUUGCCUAUGAUGUGUACUUGUAUGUUGAGAGCCUUGUCCCUCUUAAUGACAAUGUCCCUCGUAAAUACAGUCGCCCCAUAGCUCUAGAACCUCGAGAAAAACGUAUGGCAGAUCUAGAAGCUCGUAAAAAACGUAUUUCUACAUCAAAAAGUAGAUUUGUGAAUAACAGCUGGAGAAAAGCGUACUUCUACGGCAAAAGAUAA